GAAAUUUCUUUUAAGGAGAGAAAAUUGAAUGAAUAAUUUUCUUGUUUCCCAAACAAGAUCACACAGACAGAAGCCUUUAUAUAUUGUUUUAAAUUUUUGGGAAUCUCUCACAAUUGUCAGCGAAAAAGUGUUCCGCAUUGCUCUAUUGCUGGUGCGCCAAACAGGGUCUUAGAUCUGAAUGAGAACCCACAUUCUCUGGUUCAGGGAAUGUGCAUUCGAAUUCUAGAUCUUGAGCUGUAAAUAUAUUGGAUUUGUUUGAAACUAAGAGCUUAGAAUUCUACUUGAUUUUUUUUUUCUUCAAAAAAAGUGAGAAAAGAUGGUGUUUUGGGAAGGGUAUGUGAGUGAUGAGGCAAUGGGGACGUUUGCACCAAUUGUGGUUUACUGGUUGUAUGCGGGGUUUUACCAGUUGUUGCCGCCGUUGGACAGUUACCGGUUGCACACUCAAAAAGAGGAGGACGAGAAGAACUCGGUGCCCCUUCCCUCUGUUGUAAAGGGUGUUUUGCUUCAACAGCUCGCUCAGGCCACCGUCGCUCAGGGGCUCUUUGUGUUAACCAAAAAGGCCAAUACAUCUGGUGUCACAAAUCAGCCAUCCAUUCUUGUCCAGAUUGUGCAGAUUGUUGUUGCAAUGCUAGUCAUGGACACAUGGCAAUACUUUGUGCACCGCUACAUGCAUCAGAACAAGUUCUUGUACCGCCAUGUCCACUCUCAGCACCACAGACUUGUUGUUCCCUACGCAAUUGGAGCCCUUUAUAACCACCCACUUGAGGGUCUCUUACUUGACACUUUCGGCGGGGCUAUCUCUUUUCUAGUCUCAGGAAUGACUGCACGGACGGCUGUUAUAUUCUUCUGCUUUGCUGUGAUUAAAACAGUAGAUGAUCACUGUGGACUUUGGUUGCCUGGUAACAUCUUCCACAUUUUCUUCCAGAACAAUACUGCUUAUCAUGACAUUCAUCAUCAACUUCAGGGCUUGAAGUAUAACUAUUCUCAGCCAUUCUUCCCGAUAUGGGAUAAAAUUUUUGGAACUUACAUGCCUUACAGUCUUGUAAAGAGACCUGAAGGGGGUUUUGAAGCGAAGGCAAUGAAAGCAAUGCAAGACUAGUUGGAAGAAAACAGUGUACUAAUCCAAGCUCACUCCACACAGGGAAAUUAUUUUGCGGAGGUUGUCAUUCAGAGGAAAAUCCGAAAUAGAUUUGUUAUGUUGAGGUUAUGGUCUAGCUCUAGCAGGAGGGUUUUGUCAUCUGUGUUAGUUUCUUUUUCUGUUGUGGCAUAUUUUUUCGUUGAUUGGUUGUGUUAAGUUUACCGACCUGCCUUAUGAAUUGUAAGUGUGAGAUACUGGGCUGUCGAAUUUGUAGCAUAUUUGUUCACAGUUAUGCGACAGUUAGUUUUCAGGAAUCAGACCUGUCGAGAUUGAUGUACUUGGACUUGUAUGUUGCUUGAGAAGGUUAGAUUUGUUUAAGAAAUAGAUCCUAUUCUUUCAGAA